GACUCAGCCUAUAUAAAGACAGGAGGGGAAAUAUGAGCGAUAAACGGAUGUCGCGGUGGUAUUUUGGGGGGCUCGCCUCCUGUGGGGCUGCCUGCUGUACCCAUCCUCUGGACCUCAUCAAAGUCCACCUGCAGACCCAGCAGAAGGGGAAGAUGGGGAUGGUGAGCAUGGCCAUGCAGGUAGUGAAGAACGAUGGAGCUCUGGCUCUGUACAACGGACUCAGCGCAUCACUCUGCAGACAGAUGUCCUAUUCUCUAACUAGGUUUGCUAUCUAUGAGACAGUCAGAGACAUGUUGAGCAGCAGUAACCAGGGGCCCAUGCCUUUCUACCAGAAGGUGCUGCUGGGGGCCUUCGGAGGUUGUACCGGCGGGUUCAUUGGUUCUCCUGCAGACAUGGUGAACGUCAGGAUGCAGAAUGAUGUUAAACUUCCCCCAGAGCUGAGGAGAAACUACAAACAUGCUGUGGACGGUCUCUUCAGGGUCUUCAGAGAAGAGGGGGUGAGGAAGUUGUUCUCAGGAGCCACCAUGGCCUCCAGCAGAGGAGCUCUGGUCACCGUGGGACAGUUGGCAUGUUAUGACCAGGCUAAACAGCUGGUGCUGUCUUCAGGCUUCAUGGGCGAUAACAUCCUCACACACUUCCUGUCUAGCUUUAUCGCUGGAGGCUGUGCUACGUUCCUGUGUCAGCCUCUAGAUGUGAUGAAGACCAGGUUGAUGAACUCUAAAGGAGAAUACUCAGGUGUGAUACACUGUCUGAGAGUGACAGCUAAAGAGGGACCCAUGGCCUUCUACAAGGGUCUUGUUCCUGCAGGGAUCCGUCUGAUUCCUCACACGGUGCUCACCUUCAUCUUCCUAGAGCAGCUCAAGAACAACUUCGGCAUCGUCAUCAUCUCCUGAGCACGCUCCUUGACCUACGACCUUUAC